AUGCUAAUCUACAGACCGAAAUCUGCGCUUUCGAUACUACUCUUGACAUUUGAAGACGAAAAGGCAACAGCUGCUGCCGCGUUCAGAAGAGUCAAAAUUACUCAAUUUCUGAGCUUGCCUAUGGCUGUAAAGCCCCCAACUGUGACGGUGUCGGAGCCGUCAACCCCUCCCGUCGAUCCCCUGCAUUCAGCAAAGGUGACAGCGGUACUACUUAUCCUUCUUGAUGCCUGCAUCGUAGUCAUCAAUGCCGGAUAUGGAGCUGGAGCUUUUGGUCUUGGCAAUGUGGCGGUUUGGACAGUAUGUCUCGUGCUUUGGAGUGUCGCUCUCAUGAUAGCACUUUUUGGCAUUGUGACCAACAGAACUCUGCUAUUCGUGCCAUGUUACGUCAUAUGGUGUGUAACGUUCGUCUGCUCGGUGAUAUUCAUAAUUGUCGAUGGAUACGCUUACACGUACUGUGACGAAAAGUCGUUGGUCAACAGGACUGGUAGAUGGAUGACCCCAUGCGAGGUUUACCUCAGGACUCACUACCCAUACUCAGCUUAUCUCUUACUUCUGCUGCUAAAAAUGGUGCAACUUUUCCAUGUGAGAACUCUUGCCAACUCCAUCGAUGAAAAAGUGAGAAAUGCCACAGGAGAAAAAUCUGUCUUCUUUCUGGGUUCAAAAGAAGAGCAGCCGUUUCUCUACUGGAUUUUUGGCAAGAAAAGGUCCAAAAUAAGCGUAGUGAAGAAGGAUCCUGACAGCGAUGAUGAUGAUAUGGUGGUCUUCGAAAAAGUUGGUGGAACACCCAGGGGAAGCCGGCCGAAAAUAAACGAUGCUACUACGAGGGCAUCAUCUAUUUCAUGAAGAAACGCAGAUCAUCUAUUUCAUGAAGAAACGCGGAUCCCUCGUCUUCUACGAAUUCUACGUCUUUUCACUCUUCAAUGAUGUUUCUGCGUUGAUCGAAAACUUUGAUUGGAAUUCUGUUCAUUUUUCAGUACUCGUAACAAACGAAAGUUUCUUUUUUGCCAAAUCUGUUGAAAUGGUCGGGUAAGAGAAAAUUCUUCUUAGUCUUUUCCGCUUGUAUAGAAAGCAGUGCAUAGUAGCAUCAAGAGAUUUUAUCUAUAUACUAUCCACAUCAAGUUUUGACUCUGUCCACAAUCAUGUGUUUACAUUUGAAUCACUAGUUCUGAUUUAAGGUGGAAGUAACACUUUUUUACUGACUGAUUGAAAUCGUUGAAUUCACAAUAAAACUUGGG